CUUUGUGUUCCCGUAGCUCGCACGGCGGGACUGACUUGAAGUAGGGUGUCAUAACAGACUAGCACGCGCUUUGACUUUGUUUUUUUAAUUAACGAAUGAACAUUGACUGCACUGUACACUAUAUAUUACAAGGGUCUGGUGAAAAGGUUUCUCUGUGUAGAAGAUGUGCUCUCUGGCUCUGUUCCCCCCUCCGCUGCCAUCCGGACAGACCACUGUGUGCGAGUCCAACAACGAACUGCUGUCAGGGAGCAGCACUGAAAACCAGCUAAGGCAGGACUUUAGUCCUCCUAGUCUGUCUUUCCCCCGAGAGUCUCUGAAGCUUCACAGUCGCACAGAAAACAGUAGCAAGGCAGCUUUUCUGGACCACUCCGAAACACUGUGGAUGAGGAGUGCAGCAGCAUGGCGGGAUGGCGGUUUGACAGGAUUACUCAAUGAAAUUACCAACUCACAUGCAGAGGUGCCUAAAUGGUUGUCUGUGAGUUCUGGUUGUAUUCUGGCAUUGCUCAGAUGGGUCUCUUCUUUUCAUGGCUCCCUAUUUCCUCAUCUCACAUUGAGCAGUGAGGACAUGAUCGCUGAAUUUUCACAAGUGCUGAACUGGUCGGACUGUGUGGUGCGAGCCUUCGCCUGGCAUCCACAUACAGAUAAAUUUGCUGUAGCCCUACUUGAUGACUCCAUCAAGAUCUACAACCCCAAAAGUGCCACAACUCCCACACUGAAGCACCGUCUGCAGAGGAAUGUUGCAGUAGUACAGUGGAAGCCGCUGUGUGCGUCUGCCCUCGCAGUCGGGUGUCAAAACUGUUUAUUGGUUUGGCAUGUAGACCCUUGCUCAUUGUCAACCAGGCCUUCAGCUGGUUGUGCUCAAGUUUUGUCUCAUCCUGGUCACUCUCCUGUCACUUCCAUCACCUGGUCUCCCAGCGGAUCUCUCCUUGCAUCUGCCUCACCCAUGGACACGGCAAUGAUGGUGUGGGAUGUGGCUGCAGAAAGCUGCGUGCCACUUCUACGUGUUGGUGGAGGUGGGGUCACCUUCCUGUCCUGGUCUCCUGAUGGCAGCCAUGUCCUGGCUUCUACACCUUCAGCCCUAUUCAGGGUUUGGGAGACCAGGAUGUGGACCUGUGAGCGCUGGCCCUGUAUAAAAGGGCGCUGCCAGUCUGGCUGUUGGAGUCCAGAUGGGAGUCGACUUCUCUUCACAGUGCAGGGCGAGAUGGUCAUCUACUCUCUAACCUUCACUAACACACCAGCAGGCGUACCUUCAAGCACAUCAAAAGGGCCGCAUGCAGCAGCUGUGGUGGCUGACCUAUCAGAGACGACGUUUAACACACCAGAUGGAGACAUCAUUGUUGGUGGAGAGAUCCAGUCCUUAGCUUGGGAUCCAAGAGGAGAAAGGCUUGCAGUGCUUCUUAAAGGUGAUCCGCAGGCACUUGACCGGCCUGCAAUCAUCGCUGUGUUCAAGACAAGAGCCAGCCCCAUCUUUGAGCUUCUGCCAUGUGGGUUUGUUCAAGGGGAGCCAGGAGCAGAACCGAGACUGAUGCAGUUCCACCCAAAUUUCCGGCACGGAGCUCUGCUCACAGUGUGCUGGUCCAGUGGAAGAAUUACCCAUGUGCCUUUCUUUUUCCUGAGUGCUAGCGUCCCCCGUUUGGGCCUCAGCGGCAGUCCGACGCUGCCUCACGUCCAGGAAAGGCCUGUUGAGUUUGCCAAUCAGUCUCUAUUUACAGAGCUCAUCUCCUGACCACCCUGCACACACCUUCACGCAGUCACCCAUCAUUGUUUGUUGUGGAUUGUUAAUAAAUGUGUAGAAAGUUCUUGCUAAACAAA